AUGAGCGCUGAUGAUGCUCCUCUAGAUGGUACUCACGGGCAAAGUGUUUUCAGCGAAGAAGAAUACUACCCAACGCCCAGUGAGUCGAAGCUAAGCUAUGCACAACGAAACAACAAUGGACUCAUCAUCAAGACUGAUAUGCAUGCUUUGAUUGUGAAACUUACUUCACCAGUCGACGCAAUUGAGUAUAUGUUUCUCUCGGAUUUUUUCCUCUCAUACCGCAAAUUUCUGAGUCCAACUGAGCUACUAGACCUACUGGAAUGCAGACUGCAGUGGGCUUUUGACGAAUGCAUGUGUGGUGACGCUUUUCGCGAAAAAAUCGGCCAGAUCGCUUCGGUGCGUACGUUUGUGGUGUUCAGACACUGGAUUCUCAACUAUUUUGCCCAGGAUUUUCUCACAAACACGGCGCUGAGAUGCCGAUUUGUCAAAGUCAUCAACUCGCUGCGCUGGGAUAAAUCGAAACCUGUUCCAAAACUCAUCCAGGGAAUUGUCGUCACUAUCAAGAAGUCGUGGGUCACCUGCUUGAAGCUCAUGUGGGAAGAUAUCGCGCCCGAGUUCUCACCGUCUAACAGUGCUAAAUGGCUCGAAUUCGAAAUUCGCGACAUCUCGCAGAAACCCACCUCUGGCGAUGAGGUCAAGAGACUAAGUUUUUACGCGCUUCAAAGCUCGCAGAAUCCAGAGUUUCGAAAUAGAAGCGUGCUCUCGUUGUAUGUGGAUAAAGAAAACUUUCAACUUCCCGAAAACCUCGCCUAUUCGAGUGGCAACGCGAGCUCCAAAAUUAGGCAGCGAACAGCUAGCAUGUUUCUGUUUCCGCGAGACUACUCAUCUACCGUCAGUGUAGGAGCCACUGAUAAUAAGUCUUCAGAGCAUGAAAAAGUAGGUUUCGUGAUUCCAAAAACCGACAGCGUCACCGAGGUCAUCAAAGACUUGCACUGUCCAACAAAUCCUUCUGUUGACAAGCUAAUCCCCCCAACACCAGCUAAAAACAUUGAGGUCAUUCUCAGGUCUUCAUAUCUGCCGUCAAAGGGGCUCACCAACAGCGAAGAACCACGUAAGAAAGACAGCACAGGGUUGAUCGGUUUACUCUCAAAAUGGAAGCGUAAUCAUCACACAAGAUUAGCCACGCCGCAAGCGAGGCAUCAGGCGCCCAGUUUCGAAAUUGAAAAUUUCAUCAAAUUGGUGUUUUCCAUCACAUCGUUGGAAAGUAAAAGUGACGAUGACAUGCAAAAACUACUCACUGCUCAAGCUCCUAAAUUUGAUAUUUUGAGUGCAAGAACCAUUGAUGAAGUGGAGUUUUUCAUUGCCAAGGAAAAUGAGCUGUUAUCCAAGAUUCCCCGCCAUGGAAGCUUUUUCGAACUACAAAGAGAAGCUCGUCGCGGCCCUAAAAGUGCCGUACGAGAAGGUGUGAGCGCUAUGGACAAUUUAAAUCUUUACAAAACGGUAAGUUUCCUUGCAUCUUCAGUCAUUUCACUUUCGAAAACGUUACAAAGUCAGCAGAUCACUUCUCCAUCAUACGCUGCAUUUGAAAGGCGGCGCGUGAAUAGUGCGGAUGCUUCCCUAAAAAACAAUGGCACAUCAGGAAAAGCAGUCAUCAUCCGCUCAAGCACAAGAUCCCCAGUGGCUGCCAAUGAUGGUCCUCGCAAAUUGGUCUUCCACGGACAAGAGAACAAAUCAGCUAAGACCAUUGGUGUACAUCAACAAAUCACUUCUGCCAAUUCCCUACCUCUAGUUGGAGCUGGCAGUUGUUCUACGCCAAAUCUAGUAAACUCGAAUGAGCAAUCCUCUCAGGAGACGAUUGCGAAGGGACUUGGCAGAAAUUCGCCCGGGAAGCUCUUGCGUUUAUCUGCAAGCAUUGUUGAAGCAGAUGAUACAAAUUCCGAGCCUGAUCAAAGCGUUUCCACUGAGAAAAGUUUUCUCAGGACUCGAGAAGAGGCCCCUACCUCGCCAAUUAUAAAGAGAAAAGAGGGCCUGCAAAAUCUAAGAGAAUUCAACUUCGAGGAAACCUUGGAGCACAAUGAUACCGCGCCAACAUUAUAUCGCGACAACACCGCAUUACCUGAGGUCAGAAAGGACUCUCUGGAAGAGGCGCCUCGCGAAAGUGGUGCCCAGACAUAUGCCGAUGAAGACAACUCAAGUUUUUUCACCUCUCAUGACGACAUAAGUAUACGGGAUGAUACAAAGCACUUUACCCCAGCUUCUUCAGUUGCGCACAGAUCAGUCACUAACACAAGUGGGCGGAUCAGCCUACUAGGAACUAGAAACCAGAGAGCUAGUCAAAUAAAACCUGCGGCACAGCUCAGCAAUGUGAUGAAGGACGACUCUUUCAUGAAGCUCGAUGGUGAACUUUUAAACAAUCAAGAGGAAAUACGGCAUUUGGAGCAAAGAACAUCGAUGUUUCAAAUUGACAACGAAAAUCAAGGGUUUGCAAAGGUAUCACAGGCAUCUUUGAUUUCUUCAGUACCAACAGACCAGCUCUACGCUUCUAGAAACGCUAGCCCAAACAAAAAGAAUGACACCAAUUCUGUGGACAAUGAGACGUUUGCCGCUAAUCAAAAGCUUAUUUGCUUAACCUCGAUACCAAGUAUACAUUCUAUUGUGAGUGGUGACUCCUUCUCUACUUCCCACACAAUGGGUACAUUUGGAAAACACUCAACUAGCAGUAGAAUUGAAAGGAUGUCAAUGAGAAAAGACUCCUCCAAUAACUUCCCCAUGGAUGUUGCUGCGAGGGACUCGCUAGCACUUGCGGAUGGGGAUGAUAAACAGGGCAAUAAAUACUUGUUUUCUCCAGACAAUGACAGUAUUGACGAUGCCUCGCCCGAAAAGAAUGUUGAAGAUCUCAAAAUCAAGUUCAUUAGUCCAGUUGGAAACGAUUCUCACUCAAUGAAUGAGGGCACGAAUUCAAUCAACGAAGGAGAUACCAAAGAUGAUGAUGAGCAUGGCGAGGAGCAAGGACUUGAUGAACUUUAUAGAGAGAAACACCAAAAUGAGCAUCAUCGGCGCAGCAUAACACCAAUUGUCUCCCCAUACAAGGCCGAAGAUAGCAGAUUAAACAACUUGGCCAAGCUGACGGAUGAAUCAUUACACGGCGAUCCUGUAAAUGUUGCUCUCAUGAAGCUCGAGGGCACAUUCGACUUUACGCAGGCCAAUAAAGAAAAACAAGACAUUGAUAUAGAAAAAUUAAGGCUUAGACGCUUGUCUGUUCUCGGUUCCAAAGAUAGAAACUCAUUUCUCAUUGAAAGAAGGCGGCAAGUGAAGAGUGAAAUACCAUUGACGCCCCACUCCAAAAACAUAAAUGGAAGAAGUGAUCGUAAAGCUACUGAAGCCCAAAUACGGGAACUUUUGAAAAGCUAUACCUUACAAGACAGCAGAUUGGAUGUCUCCAACGCGGACCAGCAUGUGCCUUUCAUUUUAAUGUAUGACUCGAAGUCCAUUGCCGAACAGUUGACGUUAGUGGAGAGGGAGAUUUUGAACGAAAUUGAUUGGAAAGAACUUCUUGAUUUGAAGGUAAGCCACAGUUUUCUCUCAGUGACAAGUUGGUUGCAGCUUCUGUUGCAAAAUGUGAAUCUUUCUGGUAUUGAUCUGGCAAUCGCGCGUUUCAAUCUUACAGUCGACUGGGUUAUUUCGGAGAUUGUUUUGACCACAGACAACAGGCUCAGGAGAAAUACUAUUCAGAGAUUCAUACAUGUGGCAGACCACUGCGGGAAAUUUCAAAACUACAACACUUUGAUGCAGAUAGUUUUGGCACUAAGCUCUUUGGUAGCUCAAAGCUUCAGAGAUGCUUGGAGGCUCAUUGAGCCUGGUGACGUUCUCAUAUGGGAGUCUUUGAAAAACAUUCCAUCAUUGGAGAAGAACUACCAAAAUAUUCGGGGUCUUCUCAACAGUAUCGAUCCAUUGAAGGGUUGUAUACCAUUUAUUGUGGUAUACUUGUCAGAUCUCACGCUGAACUCUGAAAAGAACAAUUGGAUUGUGAACAAUCAGGUCUUAAAUUACAGCAAGUUUCAGACAAACGUUCAAAUUGUCAAAAAUUUCAUCCAAAGGGCUCAGUGGUCCAAAUUCUACGACUUCAAGGCAAAUGAAGAGCUACUAAGCAAAUGUGUCUACAUUAGCUGUCUCUCUUCUGCUGAGAUUACGCGAUUGAGAGAGGCAUCACAGUAG